AAUGCCCGUCUCAACCGGUCGUCGUAUGCCUCUCAGUUGUGAACCCUGUCGGGAACGCAAGAUCAAGUGUCCUCGAAACAUCAACCGAGGGAGAGGACCUUGUGAGACUUGCGUUCGUCGAGGGAUCCCUACUUCGGAAUGCGUUUACCUCCGUGAUCAAUGGCCCAGACGACACAAUCAGCCAGCUGCAGGGGCUGUUGAUAACUCGGAACUCGUCGCGAGGAUCGAUAGACUGGAGGAGCUACUACGACAGAGUGUGUCCAAUUCGGCGAGUCAGCAACCUCAGGAAUCUGUAUCGAAUCUUCCUUCGCCUGAAUCGACUUUACCUCAAUCCGCGGGCUCGUUCACUGGGCGAAAUGAGGCGUCACCGCUCAAGGGCGUCUCUUCGAGUUCAAUUGCGCCACCAGCUGGGAUCAUUAUACGAUACGAGUCUGGACACGAAAAGUUUGAGCCGUCGUCUUCACGCUGGUCCUCCAUUCUUCGGGACAACCCCAAUGUUAAUGGGAUCAAGACGGACCUCGACGGGAGCGACACUGGGUCGAUGCCAUUCACAACCAGCACCGCUACUAUUGCAGAGCUUCUUGAGCUUCUUCCGCCUACUUCACACUGCGAUGAGCUAAAGAGGACGUACUUUGACGUGUUUUCUCCUCUCUUUCACAUAUUGCAUGAUCCGACAUUCGAGGCCGAUUAUCGCCGCUUCCAGUCAGACCCCGAGCAAGUGUCUCUCCCGUGGCUCGCACUCCUCUUUGUCAUCCUGAGCAUCGCGGUCAUAGCAUUGCCAGAAGAUAGCCCUCUUCUCCGUGAGCUGGGCCGUCGCAACUCGGCGCUUGAGAACACGUCGCUGCUGAGCAGUCGAUACCGAGGAGCAGCGAUGAAGUGUCUUGAAGCUGAUCACUACCUCUGGAGACACAAUUUGAAUACGCUACAGGCUGUUGUUCUCCUCAUUUAUGGCAUUAAUCACACCCACGGACAAUCCUGGGCUCUGCUGGGCACAGCACGCAACAUUGCCUUGGCUCUCGGCUGUCACAUCGACCCUACGGUCUUUGGGAUGGAUCGGAUACGAGUCGAGGAGCGUCGAAGAUGCUGGGCUGGGCUCAACAUGCUCUACACGAUACAAAAUACCACUCUGGGAAACCUGGAUUCGACAUUCACCCCUUCAAGUGUCAAGCCUCCAUUGGACGUCAACGACGAUGAACUUGUCGCUGGAUUUGAAGUGCCAGUCUCAAGAAACGGGCCAACGCAGAUGUCAUAUCUCUUGCUCAAGUUCGACCUCUAUGGCCUUUGCACUCGCAUCUGUAGUGAGAUCUUUGGGGCGUUCCAUGUGCCUUCUUACGACGCGAUCCAAGCACUCGACUCUGAGAUUUGUGCUUUGCAGGAAGUCCUCAAUUACAAGUAUUUGUUUGACACGACACUCCCGGUUCAUCAUGCUGUUCAGUUAAACAUCCUGUUUGGGUAUUCGCAUCAACUCACACUCCUCUUACACAGACCAAUUCUACGACACAGUACAGUGGACAUGCGGUAUACUAGGGAGAAUCUUCUCACGUCGCAGAGAAAGUGCAUUGAGAGCUCCCAGGCAUUGCUCAGUAUUCAUCGGACGCUAUAUGAGGAUGCCCUGUUCCGACCGUAUCAGUGGUAUAAUCGUGGCUUGGGCAGCUUCCAUGCAUUCCAUGCUGCAGUGUGCCUGACUCAUAUCUGUACGAGUGGAACAAGCGUUGAUGCAUCAACGAAAGAUGCUUUGCGUCGUGAACUUCAAGGGGCGCUCGAGAUAUUUGAGCAGAUGGUAAAAACGGGAAUGAGUGCCGUCUGUCAAAAGGCCGCACCGGUAUUGAAGAAGCUACUUGGUAUCAUCACACCUCAAGAGAGUCAGCAUUCGGUUCCUUCGAUGGCAUCCGACAGCCCUGCACAUGAAACUGCGGUGAGCUCUGAUCGAUCAGGGCUGGAGUUUCUCGAAGAGCCAAUCGACAAUUUGGCACCGCAACAGUGGCUUUCACCUUCGACGAUGGGUUGGGAAGAAUGGGAGACGUUUUUGGAGAACAAUUCUAUUGCGAAUGUACUCUAGUCUAUAAAAUGCAUCGCAAUCUUGGUCAAUCGAGCCACACUGGA